AUGGAAGUACCAAUCUUCCAGGAUCACAUUUUGGGGGAAUUAGAGAAAGAAGAUGAGAAAGAAAACAAGGUUGGAGAGGGAAAGAAAAGUGUAAAGAAGAAAAAGAAGACUAUGCAAUCUAGCCCACAUGCAUCAUCCACUUCUGGUGUGCCCAAAGGAGACAACACUGAAAAGCCCAAAAAGAAGGCAAGAAAAGACAAGAAGCCUAAAAAGGUGAAAUCUGCUGAACAAGCUUCCAAAAACAAAAAUAAGAAUGUUGAAGAGGAUCAACCAAGUAAAGAUGAAAGUAAGGAUCUGGAAAAGGAGGCAGAUAUUGAACAGGAAGACAAAGACGCUGAGAUCAGACUCCAAGAGCGUCUAGACAGAGAAGCUGAGGAGCGGACAAGACAGGAAGCUGAAGAGAAAGCAAGACAAGAAGAACUUCAGAGAAUUAGAGAAGUUGAAGCCAAAGCUCUUGCUGAUGCUACUGCUGCUGAAGCUGAGGCAAAAGGAAAAGCUGACGCUGAAGAAGUAGCGCACCUUGCUGAAGAGUCUGCUGCCAAAGCCGGAAAUGAUGCACUGACUCAGGGGGAGUCCUCCAACUCUGGAUUCGUCCCUCUGGUCCUGAAGACCCUUGAAGAGCUUUAG